AUGGACUUGGAAAUUACCCAAAUGCAGGUAGCGACUCAUACCUUCCAUCUGCUACAUCAUCGAAACAAGAACCAGCAUCGGCACUCCAAGUGGUGGAAAUGGUUUUCCAUGCUGAAGCACUGCUUGAGCAAGUUGAUACACGAAAUUCAAGCGAGAGACAUUUUGCGUGCUCAAGCCCGCGUGAAACACAUGUAUCAAGUCUUGCUGCCGAGGUGCUACGCGUGUUUCACUCAACUAAUCCAAGAUAGUCAAUUUUCAUCGCUUGGCCUGACACUUGUUGCAGAGCUUUCUAGAAUUCGGAGACUUGUGGCCCCUUAUACUGACCAAGCCGAAGACCGAAUGGAUCCUGCAAUGGAGCUUGUGGACAGCAAAGACAAUUUUCCUUUGAAUCUGUCUGAGGAUUUUGGUGAAGCUGUGCGGAGAACUACUUCGAGCCACGCGACUGAUGUGGGGGUAUAUUCCGCCCUUGCGUUCGACAUUCUCACCGGACCAGAACGCGGUAGGGGUGCGGAAAAGCGCCUUCGUGAAAGGGAAGGAGCUGGCCCAGGAGUUAAAAAAACAGCAAACGGUGAGAUUGAAUCACCGCAACCAGAACCCGGCAACGCCAUUGCUGGCUUCAAGCCGUGUGCAUCGUCAGCGCCUACUAAGAGGCAGAGGCAGAGGAAGCCAGUCAAUGCUAUUGAUGACCUUUUCCAAGGUUUGAACUGA